AGAUGUUCAUGCUUGCUCUUGGCUCUUCCAUGUUUCUUCCAACAAGAUAAGGUAUUUGGCAGCAUUGGAGAUGUCUUCCUCCGAUUCAGAAGGAGAGGAUUGGAUUCCAUACGGAGAGCGUGAGGAAUGGAAGGAUGUUGAACCUAUCAAACAAGAUGAUGGUCCACACCCAGUAGUUUCAAUCGCCUAUAGUGAUAAAUUUCGGGAUGUCUAUGAUUACUUCAGAGCAGUACUGAAAGCUGAUGAGAGAAGCGAAAGAUCAUUUCAAUUAACCCAUGAUGCGCUCUCACUGAAUCCGGCAAACUACACAGUUUGGCACUUCCGACGCGAGAUUCUGAAAUCUUUGGAUAAAGACCUAAAUGCAGAGUUGCAUUAUAUUACCAAUGUUAUCAAGGAUCAGCCCAAGAAUUACCAAGUAUGGUACCACAGAGGUGUAAUAGUGAGUUGGCUAGGGGAUCCAUCCAAGGAGCUUGAUUUCACUGCAGAAAUUCUUAAAAAGGAUGCUAAAAACUAUCAUGCUUGGCAGCACAGACAGGAAAUUAUACGCGAUUUUAACUUCUGGGAAGGUGAAUUAAGUUUUGUUACUCAUCUUCUGGAAGAGGACCUCAGGAAUAAUUCAGCGUGGAAUCAGAGAUAUUAUACAAUUGUUAACACAACUGGCUUCACAGACGAUGUUGUAAAACGAGAGCUUGACUAUACCCUAGAACUCAUCAAAAAGGCUCCAAAUAAUGAAUCAGCAUGGAAUUACGCGAGAGGGGUCUUGUCCGCCGCAGGUGGCCUUUUAAAAUGGCCUCCAUUCAGAGAGGCUGUUCUUCAGAUGCUCGAAAACAACAUAGACUCGCCGUACCUCUUGUCUUUUCUUGUUGAUUGUUAUGAAGAACAACUCGAAAAAGAGGCCAACGAAGAUUCGCUGAAGAAAGCUAUGGAGCUUUGCGAUCGCCUCUCGACCGACGCUGAUUGCAUUCGACGGAGUUAUUGGGACUACGUAGGCAGGUCACUGAAGUGCAAGUAUGGGGCAAAAGCAUAAGCAGGGGCUAGGGCACCAAGAACUGCUUGGAAAUGCCGAUACCUCAAUGAUGAGAAGAAACUCGUCAGUUAGUCAAGAGCCAGAAAACGCAAGCUAUUUAGGAGGAUGACGUGCAGAUUCAAUGAAACAGCAAAUGUACGUUUGACUGUUAUAGGUUUGCGAAAUAUAACAAUUUACGCUUUAUAAGUAUUAUUUCAUGCUGUUUGUUAUGCAUAUCACAUCAUUAGCAUUCACAGUUUGCUUUUAUUAGUACAGACUUGUUGGAUAUUUUGGAAAUAAUGUCAUUAUUACGUUUCAUUGAGCUUA